CGGCUCUCGAGCCACGGCGACGACGUCUUGUUUUUCGUCUUUCACUUCUCGAAAAAGUAGGCCGCAGCUCGAUCGCAUCGACCGCGAGCAUUGAGUGGUUGGCGAGCAGAGAGCGCGGUGGUCGCGCGCUGAAUAUCCUUAUUUAUUUAUUUGUUUUCGUUGGUUUUUUUUCCUUCGUCGAUCGGUCGCCCGAUUUUUUGGAUAAUCGCGACAGGACAUAUCCAGGACGUUCGCGAUACCGAACCGAUAUCGGGAGGCGAUAUCGAGCUGAGAAAAUGGUGCUGUAUACGAGGAUCGCUGAAGCGGACGAAACGAUGCCUCAAACUGUCCCAUCCGCAGGGUUCACUCCCCCGUGUGAUUACAGCAACUUCGCGGACAAUUUCGACUUGUCUCUGCUGCCCGGAGGGGAUCCGCCCAAUUCACCAUCGACGCUGUUCUAUUCGCAGUACGAUAGCGAGAAACUCCCGCAGCAGCCCAAAAUAGUGACUUCCUUCUAUCCUUCGUCUCCCUCCGAGCAGGAAGCCGAAUUGGAGCAACUCGCCCCCGAUUUCCAAACUCUAUUAGUAGCCAACGACGCUAAAAAAUACUACGGGAACAUCUACUUGGAUGUACCCAGCCCCUACUCGCCCAUAUCCCAAGGGCUUUUAUCUCCCAACGAUCAGUUCACUUCAUACAGAGAUAAUUUGUAUCCCAGUUCCCCGGAACAAUCUACUUAUACACCAUCGCCCGGCUCCGUCUACUCCACAUCCCCAUGCGGAGAAGACUACCUCCAAAAUCAAUACAUUAAGAAGGAAAACUCCACUAUCUCCAACUUCUCUCCAUUCAACGUCAAAGAGGAAUCCUUCCUGUUAUCCACCGAACAUUCGGACGUACUGAGCCUCUUCGAUUCCGUCGAAAUACAGAAACGCAUCAAAGAGGAAACCGAGGAAGAUUUCAGCGGCAGGACGCUUCGGGAAUUACUGGAGAAAGACACGCAGGACGCCGGGCGGACGGUGCCCCAGCAGCCCGAGGACCAUCGCUUGCUCAGGGAAGCCUUGAGAGACACCAGCUUCCAGAAGAAGUUCAACAUCAAACCCAUCGACUUCGGCUUCCUGGGCGGCGACGUGAAAAUGGAGGAGCCCGAGCAGGACGAUCUGAUGAGGACCUGCAACGAGGAGAUGGCCAAAGGGAGCAUCGAACCCGUGCUGAAUAUGGCCAUCGAGCAGAUGAGGAAAGACGUCGAUAACACGUGCGCUACUCUUGGAAUUUCCGCAGAUCCAUCACAAUGGGAUCCCACCAAUGUGCUAUCAUGGAUCAGAUGGACAUCCAGGCAAUUCAGCCUUCCAGAACCUCUCUCCGAUCAAUGGGAUAUGGCCGGGUCGAGUUUAAUCGCUCUGACCGAGGAAGACUUCACCAGCAGAUCCCCGCAGGGUGGAAUGAUUCUCCAUGCUCAGUUAGAAAUAUGGAAAGCAGCGUAUUCGGAGGAAGAUCUUGGAAUCCAAUGGCGCCCAGAAACGACAUCGAGCAAUGCUUCAAGCGGCGAUUUAUCAGAUGACGAAGAGGAAGACGUGCCAUGUCCAGCGGAUCCAGCCAAACCCACCACAUCCCGGUCCGGCAGCCACAUCCACCUGUGGCAGUUCCUGAAAGAGCUGCUGGCGUCGCCGCAGGCGCACGGCUCCUGCAUCCGAUGGAUCGACAGGACGCGGGGGAUCUUCAAGAUCGAGGACUCGGUGAAGGUGGCGCGAUUGUGGGGCAAGCGCAAGAACCGGCCCGCGAUGAACUACGACAAGCUGAGCAGGUCGAUCAGGCAGUACUACAAGAAGGGCAUCAUGAAGAAGACCGAGCGUUCGCAGCGGCUCGUCUACCAAUUCUGCCAUCCGUAUUGUUUGUGAAUAUCCUUUCGAUGCAUCUCACCGAAAUCCUUCAACCUUGUACAUAGCUUCUAGUGUACCAAAGUAACUGUGUAAAAAACGCGGCUGGAGAUUUGGAGAUUAAUCGCGGUGCGGGGUAUUAAUACAUUUUGUUUAUUUUUUUGGGGGAACUUAACACAUUUUGUUGUCAAAGUGUUGAUGUAAGUUAUAUAGGGUAUUACUAUAUAAUGGCGCGCUAGUUAGGCGCGCUUGUAACUGACAGGAAGGUAAUUUCCGAAGAACGUUUAAUCGUAAGUUUGAAAAUGUUUGCCGAAUUUGAGCGAUAGUCACUCGAGCGAUGGAAAAAUCGCGAUCGAAUCGAAUUGCCUGGUGCUCGAAUCGAAUUAUUUCGAUUUUUGGAGCUCGGUAUACUCGAAGGGCGAUUUUGCUUUGCGACAGUGUUGCUCAAUAUUCGGUGAUUUUGGUCCCAUAUAUCUAUGAUAUAUUACGUAGUAAGUUCUGUGAACGACUAUGAAUAGUUUUUAGUAAUCCGAGGCAAUAAAUAAUAUUAUUUACUAUAAUAAUAUGUUUGUGUAUAUGAUUUAAUAUGUAUAGUAUAUUAUUUAAUUGCUAAGUAAUACAAUACUAUAAUAAUGUAGUAAGUAUGUAUGAAUUUUAUUAUAUAAGUAUUAAUGUGAAUGCGUGAGAUAAAGCUAUAAAUUAAUUAUAAUAUUGUAUAGGGAAUUGUUUGCAAAAUUGCGACAGUUUUACAUUUACAUCUAGC